AUGACUUCCACCAGUUCCCCCAGUAGCAGCAAUGCUCUGGCUAACGAUGUAAAAAAAGCAGCAAUGAACAAACUAACAGAACGGAUUGCUGCUGUUGAUCCUGAGGACAAAGAAAACGCGGAAAAUGUUAUGAAACACUGUAAAUCAAUCCUUCCAAACUAUGUUCGAGAUUAUUUAGAAAAUGAUGCCAAAACAAUCAUUAGCCAGCUUUUAGAGGAUCCUACUAAUGUCCAAAUCCCAGUUGAUGAAGAUUUUCAUCCUUUGAUUAAAUCAUUUCUUAAUCUCCCGAAAAUAAAGCAUGAGUUUGCAACUUCACAUCCAUACUUUUUGACGUUGGUUAAAUAUCCAGAAAUUGACUCCGGAUUUCGUAGUAGAGUGUUUGAUCCAGAAUAUCUCGAGAAAAACUUUGAUGAAACACAACAUAGGAAGCAUUAUGGCUUGAUUGAACAAUACAGAUCAGAAAUUGAGCAGGAGAGCGAGAGAGAGAGCGAACCGCAAGAAACAGGAAAUGGAAUUUUUGUAAUUAUGGACUUCAAUAAGAAAGUUGCUAAUAAUACAAUAGCAUUUGAAAAACCUCCUCCAUUAUCCGUACAAUUACAUUCUGAAGAUAUUGACGCUUCAUCCCGACUACUCCUGUUUUUCUAUGGGGAUAUCUUACUGGAAAAUCUUUUCCAAAAAUCUUGGACAAAAGAAAUGACAUAUGAUCAAGUUGUAAAUUUCAUGCAAAUAUCAAUGAAAUAUUUCAAUUGGCAUCAGAGAAUUCGAGGAGUUGGGGUUUCAAAGUAUUAUAUUUGUAUAAAAAGUAUCCCUUCCGCGACAAAUGGCAAAUAUACUAAUUGUGCGGCGAAACUUCUCAUGAAAUACAAAAGUGAAGAUUGCGUGAAAGUAACCUAUACUUGGGGACAUUCACAUUCAUAUUUUUAUUCUGGGAGAUCGAAAUUAUGGGCCACUAUUGAGAAGUCCUUGAUGGAGCGAUAUGAUUGUCAAAUUGAUGAAAUGGAUUGGAUAGAUCCGUAUGAAGAAGAAAUUCCACAAGACGUAAUACCGCAAACUUCAGGAAUCAUAGGUGAGUUACGUGAAGCUUUGCAGACUCUAAAUCGAUACAAGGAGAGGACUGAAAUAAGUGCGAAGUUAAAAAUCGACGAAUUACAAGCAGUGAUCAAAAGUACACAAGAGGAAAUCAAAAGGAUAGAAUCAGAUCUAGUUUCAGUACUGGAAUCAUUGAGAAUUGAAGUUCCCGCAGAGAUAACGGAUAGUUACUUGCAAGCUGUACAAGUAACCUCAGAAAAAUAUAAGGAUGCCGCCCUAGAUUUCGAAAGAAGGUAUCAAAGAAAGCGGAAGGCCAGUGGCCAGCUUCGAUAG